AUGAAUUCGAUUAGCAUUGAACAGUUUCUUAUAGCGUGUGAAACGUGGAAUUUAGACGAAGUUCGACAAGCUGUAGAAUCUGGUUUUCUUGUUGAUACAUUUGAUGAUGAUCAUGUUACCGGAUUGCAAAUGGCUGCUGCAACCGGAAAUAUUGGAAUUGUGCAAUAUUUAUUGGAUCACGGUGCUGAUAUCGAGAAAAGUAAUCAGGUAGGAAUGACAGCACUUCAUCAUGCUGCUAAAAAUGGCCAUGCUAAUAUUGUUCGAAUACUUGUUCAACGUGGUGCAAAUUAUCAAAAAUUAACAUAUCUUGGUGCAUCAGCGAUGACUUUAGCAGCUGCUAGUGGACACACUGAUCUUAUCAAAUUGCUUCUCGAUUUAAAUGUUAGUGUUAAUCCAACACAUACUGCAUUAUGUCCAACACCAAUAAUAGCUGCAGCUUUUCGACGACACACACAUUUGUGUGCUCUCUUAUCACAAAAAGGUGCAUAUUUGGAUGGUAAUAUUCCACGUCUUUCAAAUCUUUCCGCACUUUCAACAGCAAUCACAUGCGGUGCGACAACAAUUGUUGGUGCAUUACUUGAACUCGGUGCUAAUCCAUCAUUUCGAUCGUUAAAUGGUAUGACAUCAACUGAACUUGCACAGCAUUUACAGCAGAAUGAAGUAUUAACUGUAAUUAAUUCAACAUUCCGAAAUAUUUUAAAAAAAGAAGAGGAACAAAUCGAAGUGGACUUACGACAACUCAUUUAUCGCAAUGAUGAAAAUGCUAUCCGGAUGAUACUUGAUCGGCAUUUAUCGUAUGUUCCAUUUCCGGAAAAUACUACACCAUUAAUGUAUGCUGUACUUUUAGCUGACAAUAAUAUUGUGAAAAUUAUUCGAGAAUCAAAUAUUACUGAUAUUAAUGCUGCUGAAAAUGUUUCCGGAUUAACAGCUCUUAUGUUUGCUGCUAUUAUUGGAAAUUAUGAAGUUAUGGAAUAUUUGAUAAAUUUUGGCGCUGAUAUUUCAUUAAUAUCAUUUGAUGGAUUUACAGCUAUCGAUUAUGCAUUUGCUAUAGGUAAUAUAAAUGCUGAUUUACUUUGUUUACUACAACAACCACCUGGACAUGAUACUACAUCAUCACAUCGUAUCAACACUCAUCAAUAUCAACAUUUAAGUCGUGUAAUUUAUAGUAGUAAAACAAAAAUUCUGAAUAAAUUAUCCAGUCAUGUUGGUCGUGGUAGUAAUAUGGGAAAUUAUUAUUUGGACAGCAAGGAAAAGUUACAUUUUAGCAGAGCGCACUUGGCUAAACUUGUGAAAAUUCAUCAGAAUGAUGAUAAUGAUGAAUUUAUUUUGGCUAAUGAUAUUCUCAAAUCGAUUGGAAAUGAAAAAAUUGGAAAAAGUGAUCAAUUACAUCGUUACAUUGAAGUUGCCAGAUUUGUUGCUGAAAAUUGUGCUAAUCAAGGAAUUAUUAAUUUACCGGUGGUAUUUACAUUAAAUAAACAUAACUUAGAAAAAAGUAAUUCGAUCAAUUAUGGUCCAUCAUUGGAGCAAAUAACUUCUACCGGUACAGCAAUCAAUCAUAAACAACGGAAUUUUUUAUCAGUUGCUCAAUGGAAUGCUUAUUUAUACUAUGAAUGUCGUUUUUUGAAUAGAAAUUUUGGUGGUGCAUUUUUGAAUGCUAAUAAAAGACGUUAUUUAUACGAUGAUAAUGAUAGUCGAGAGAUAAGCUCAUCAACAUCAGCUUCAGAUCGUUCAUCAUCAAUGCUUUCACGUCAUUAUACGUCAUUGGAACGUCAUUCCUCAACGCAUACACUGGGUACUAUUCCACGAUUUCGUAGUCGAUCACGUGAAACAAUUAAGCGUAAUAAUAAUUAUGAUGAAAAUGAUGAUGGCCGUAAUUCACCAUCACGUUCAUCCUUAAAUCAAUAUAUUUUUUCCGAUAAAGAUGGCGAACGUUUGAAAAAAAGUAUAUCUACGCCAACGCUUGAUAAACUUAUUUGGCGGUGUUCUUUGAAUGAUAACGCUGAUAUGAACGGAAUGAAAUCUAAGAUAAACAAUCGAUCAUUAGCAAGAGGUGCUACCUAUGAUAAUGCUUAUCAUGAACGAAUGAGACAAAAAAUUACUGAAGAUUUAAUAUGGGAAAAAUUAAAUGAAGCAGGCCUUGGUAAAUAUGUUAAUUUGCUAAAAGAUGAAGAAGUUGAUAAAGGAACAUUUUUGGCAUUAACAAACAAUGAUCUCAUUGAUAUUGGUAUUACUGAUGUGAGGCAUCGAAAUAAAUUACUUAAAAUUAUUAAAAAUUUAAGGUAUUAA